AUGAAAGACGGAGAAAAAGGUUUUGGCGCCAAAAGUGUGCGGCAAUUACGGAUUAGCAGUGCGUUUGGCGCCAUCCGCAUUUCACAAGGGCACUCCGGUAAUAUCUCCUUCGGCGAUUUUGCAACUCGACGGGGAAUAUAUCCAGGCAUUCAGGUCCCCCCGCAAAACCCCACGCCAGCGCCGCCUCUUUCCUCUCCCGUCUCUUCCGUUCGGUCAGAGCCCAGCCCACUCCGCCGUCGCCGCCCGCGAGAGGAGUCCGCUUCAUCCGUUCGCCGCCUCAAGGACGUGAUGGACACGUCAAGCCCUGCAGCACUAGUCAAUGCAGAGAUUCUGAACAUGUUUGUUGGGCGAAGAGUGCGCACGGUUGUUCAAGUCCAACGCAAUGAAGGUGGAGUGGUUGUCGGGCAGUCCAGCGAUGGGCAUCAGUUGAGUAUCAAAACCGCCAUGGAUGUUCCUGUAUCACACUUUAUGGAGGUUUAUGGAAUCGCUGAAAACAACCAGACCAUCCGUGCUGAAGUUUGCACAGAUUUUGGUCCCAACUUUGGUGAGAUUUCAAAUGCCUUUGGCCCUUUGAUUGCAAUAGUAUGA